AUGUUACUCAUCGUUGCAUACUACCUUGGCAAACUCAUCGUUAGAAUCUAUCUCGAUCGUGUACAAGAAAGAGAGAUGGAAUAUAUAAAUGAUCAUUUAAAGUCAUCAAUAAUAGAUACAUUCUUGGCUCUCACUAUCUUUAGAGAUCACUUCAAUGCACAGUUCAUGUGCAUGUUGGUCGCCUUGUUAUUCUUCCAAGUACUUCACUGGCUCACAAAGAAUCGUGUUGAAUAUAUUGAGCAUACACCUUAUAGCUUCUGGAAUCAAGUUAGAUUGUGCGCACUAUUGGGUGUACUACUGCUUUGCGACUCUGUCAUUCUGUACUUUGCAAUGAAUUCAAUGUUGCGAGAUGGACCAAAUAAUAUGCUCCUGUUUGGAUUGGAGUUUGGUCUGCUACUGGUCACUGUGAUCUCCACCCUAAUCACACUGUUUAUCAACAUUGAAGGCAUCAAGCGUGAAGGACGUUGGGACAACAAAGGUCUCUACCUUCUCUACCUCGAGUUUACCACCGAGCUUCUCAAGAGUAUAUUCUACCUUGUGUUUGCUGGUGUAACAUUGAUCUUCUUUGGCCUUCCCAUUCAUGUGAUUCGACAGAUUGUCGUGUCGCUGAGGACUACUGUCAAGAGAUAUGGCGAUAUUAGGAAGUUUAGAAACAUUACCAAUGACAGGUUCCCAGACGCCACUGAGGAGGAGCUGAACCACACUGACAAGAUAUGUAUCGUGUGUCGUGAGGAUAUGGUCACGGGCAAGAAACUACCGUGUGGACACAUUCUGCACAUGUCCUGUCUGAGAUCAUGGCUGGAGCGUCAGCAAUCAUGUCCAAUCUGCAGAGCUGAUGUGUUUAUUGAGCCGGCCGCUGCUGCUGCCGCUGCUGCCGCCGCCGCUGCCAACGCACAGAGAGCACAGCAUCCUGCACAAGCGGGUGUUGUAGACCCACAACAACCACAACAGAGACAUAUGCAUUGGCAUGGAGCGAUCAAUCAACAACAACAGGAGAACCAAUUCAAUAUGAUUCAGCAAGUGCUGAACAACCUCAGACAACAACAAAUGCAACAACAAGCACAUCAGCAUCAUGCACAAGUGGCACACCAGUUCAAUCAACAACUACAUCAGCAGUUACAACAGCAGCAGCAGCAGCAGCAGCAAGCUCAUGCUCAUGCACCUGGCCAACAACCUCAACAGUCGACACAAACUACUGCUGUGCAACAACAGCAGCAGCCAAUUAUGUUCAACUUUGUUCAACAACAACAGCAACAGCAUGCUCCCAACACAAACACGAAUCAAGAUGGAGAAACAACAGCAACAACAACAACAGCGACAGUACCAGCAGCAGGAGGAGCAGUAUACAACCCUGUUCUACAUCUGUCGUACAUUCAACAACACCUCCAAUAUCUACUCCAACAAACAGAGGUGUUGUCACAGUACCUUCAUCAACAUCAGGUGCCACAACCACAAGCUCAAAGUCAAGACACUCAACCAGCCACACAACAGGAAAGCAGCAACAGCACGACGGCAACGACUACAACGGAUACUGACUUGCCCAAGAAUGACGAGGCAGUGGUACUGCCCGCCACCACCACUACCAAAGAUAAGAAUGAUGUAGCUCGAAUAGAGAGUGACAGUGAAGAUGACUCGGCAACAACUACCACCACAACCACAACUACGACUAUGAGUGGAAAUGACGACUUCCAAGAUCAACUGAGAAGAAGAGUGGCCGCCAAUCGAGAGAGGUACUCACAGCAGAGCAGCAGCGGCAACAGCAGCAACCAGGAAACGUCGUGA